AUGGCCGAACGGUUGCAAGGAAAGUCACUCCAUCCAUCAGCGGGGCAUGUUACGGGAGCGACCUAUGGGAUGGACAUAACACGUCGGUAUCCAACAUUUCGCGAUGAAUCGCACAGAACUGCUCAUACCUGGCUGGAGGGACGACGGUACGACGAUGGGGCAGAAGGACUUUGGCGCAUAAAUGACUCCCUGUACGAUCUCGAGGAUUUCUCACGCACACAUCCGGGCGGUUCCGAGUGGAUACGACUGACGAAGGGCACCGACAUUACGGAAGCCUUUGAGACUCAUCACAUCAGUAGGCGGGCGGAGCAAAUGCUUCCCAAAUUCUACCGUCGCCAGGCAACGCAACCAAGAAACGUCAAACUGACGUUUCAUGAGAAUGGAUUCUACCGCACGCUGAAACGGCGUGUUAGGCAGCGGUUAAGCCGCGUGAACCUCAAUCCUAAGGUCCAUUCCCGGCAGAUCUUGGACGCACUGUUGGUCAGCACUGUACUUAUGGCCUGCCUGGCAGCAAAACUGGAAAGCUACGCCGUGGGAUUAGUUUGUGCCAUUUGUGUUAGCGCAACCAUCAUUGCCGCACACAACUUCCUGCACCAGCGCGACAACUGGCGGAUGUUUGUCUUCAACAUUGCGUUUCUUAGCUAUCGGGAGUGGCGUGUGUCGCACGUGAUAUCACACCAUCUCUAUCCGAACUCGGUGCUGGAUAUGGAGAUUUCGGCGAUCGAGCCAUACUUGUGCUAUCUGCCGUGGCCAGAACUGAAGAACAGCUUCCAGCGGUACGGUUCCUGGUUGUACGGGCCGUUUAUUUACGGGGCGAUGUUUCUUGGUGAAUUCGUCAAACGAUUAACGGAAGGCAUUAGUCACGGAAAAAACCGGCUGCAUUUGGACGAUCUGAUUCCGUUCCUAAUGCCGGUUUUCAUGUACGCAAGCAAUCCGACCAGCACAACCACCAUUCUAAUGAUGUGGUUGUACAUCGUGCUUUUGGCCAGCUUUUUCUUCGGUUUCAUUGGGCUAACUGCCGGUCACCAUCAUCCGAAAGCCCUGCACUCUGGCGACGUCUUUCCUCACGAUAUGGACUUUGGUCUGUACCAGAUGGCCACCGUUGUUGAACGACGAGGCAUCGGCGAAUCACUGUUUAAGGUAUUGACCACAUUCGGGGAUCACCAUCUGCAUCAUCUUUUUCCCACGCUCGAUCAUGCGAUCUUCCCACAACUGAACGGGGUGUUUCUGGAGACGUGCCGGGAGUUUGGAGUCAACAUGAAAGUGAGCUCGUGGUUUUCGCAAUACAUUGCACAAAAUCUACAACUGGCUCGGGUGGAGCCCAAAAAGUACCAAUCGAGAAAUAUGUCCCCAAAAAAAGCAUUAGCGAACAACCUGCAGCACAGUUCUUCAUCACAGAGAGUCACGAUUUUAGUUUAA